AUGAAGUCGUCAUUCGCAGCUAUCGGAGCGGUCGCUCUCGCGGCCAUCGCGCUCAGCUCUCCCUCGGUCACUGCCCGCGAAGCAGACCCAAUGCACCAAGCGCGGAUGGCGAAGCGCCACCACCACAUCGUCGAGCGCGCCGAGAAUGCCAGCCACGUUCAAGCAAUCGAGAAGCGUGGCUACUCAGGAAAGGGAACUUACUACAACACGGAGACCGGUAACGCUGGCUCGUGUGGCAACAUGCUCAGCAACAACGCCUUCACCGUCGCUGUUGCCGGUGGUUUGAUGAACUCUGGCCUCUGCGGAAAGACGGUCACCAUCAGUGCCAAUGGCAAGACUGCGCAGGCCACGAUUGCCGACACUUGCCCACCUGGCGGAGGACAGUGCUUUGGCUCUGAUCUUGACAUGAGCCCUGCUCUCUUCAAGUACUUCGGAAGCCUCGGUCUCGGUGUCCUUCAAAUCCAAUGGUCGAUCGGCGGUUCCUCGGGAGGCGGAAACUCUGGCGGCAACUCCAAGGAUAACGACAACAAUGACAAUGGCGAUGACGCAGCGGCAGAGGCCGCAGCGCGCAAGAAACAGGCGGCACAGGACGCUGCCGACGCCGCCGCUUCCUCUCGAUCAUCCGUCUCGUCAGCUGCAGAAGCUUCCAAGUCAUCCGAGUCAGCUUCCCGGGCAAGCGUUUCUUCCGCGUCGCGUGCUAGCGUCGCCAGUGUCAGCAGAGCCAGCGUUGCGAGCGUCAGCAAAGCCUCCGCCGCCUCCGUCUCGUCUAUCAAGCACGAGAGCCGUGUCUCCGUUGCUGCCGAGGCCAAGGAGUCGAAGGCUGCGGCUAAGGCCGAGGCCAAAGCAGAGGCUGCGCGCCCCAAGAAUCUCGAGCACUUUGCGGCCAUCAUGAACGAGAUGUCCAACAUGGUCAACGCAGCCAAGGACUAA